AUGGAAAAUGUCAAUGUAGAAUGACCGAAUUUUUGUGCUUUUCUUUUUUUGAAAAAAAAAAAACAAAAAACGUUUCAAGCUUUUGCUGCUGUGUAGGUAUUCUCUGUUUAUUGUCUGUUUUGUUUUAUUUUCAUUGGUUUCUCUCCAAAUUUUCCUGGUAACCAAACAGGGGUUGUUUUCAUGUUGAUUCUCUGUUUGCUUCGUUGCUUUUGUGUUCCUUGAGAAGUCCCAAAAGAUGUUUGUUCAUCCGUGGAAGGGCAUCAUUGCCAAUAUUCCAACAACAGUGCAAGAUGGAAAGCAUGUGGGGGAAAGUGGAAGGAAAUUGCGGGAGGAUUUGACAGAAAAAGGAUUUAAUCCAUUGAGGGUUCAGCCUCUUUGGAACCGAUAUGGUCAUUCAGGAUUUGCCAUCGUAGAGUUCAAGAAGGAGUGGGAUGGCUUUAAUAAUGCCAUCAUGUUUGAGAAGAGCUUUGAAAUGGAGCACUGUGGAAAGAAGGAUUACAAUUCAUCCAGGAGGCAGAGAGGCAAAUUGUAUGCAUGGGUUGCUCGUGAAGAUGACUUCCAUUCAAGAGGACUGAUUGGUGACUAUCUUCGUAGGAAUGGAGACCUGAAGACUGUUUCCAGCAAAGAAGCCGAAGAGCAAAGGAUGGCCUCAAAGCUGGUAGUAACCUUAAGCAACACCUUGGAGACCAAGAACCUACGACUUAAGGAAAUGGAGAACAAAUAUAAUGAGGUGAGUCAAUCCAUUAGUACGUUGAUGGAGCAGAAAGAUGAGAUGAUCAAAGCUUAUAAUGAGGAGUCUAAAAAGAUGCAGCAGAAUGCUCAUGAUCAUUUUAAGAAGAUUUCCUUAGAGCAUGAGAGGAUCGCACAGCAUUUUUGUGAUAAGAAAAGGGAAUUAGAGCAGCGCGAGAAGGAAUUGUUCCAACGAGAGGCUCAAAACGAGGCUGCGACAAAAAAUCUUCAGCAUGACAAGAUGAUGAAUGAGAGGGCAGCCUUUGAACAAAAGAAGAUGGAUGAAAGAAUGUUAAAACUGGCAGAGGCGCAGAAGAGAGAAAAGGAGAAACUUCACAGAAAAAUCAUUGAGCUAGAAAAGCAACUUGAUACUAAACAAGCACUGGAGCUGGAGAUACAGGGUUUGAGGGGGGCUUUACAAGUAAUGCAACACAUGGAAAGGGAUGGAGACGCGGAAGGGAAGAGAAAGAUGGAGGCAAUUCAAGGAGAACUACAAGAGAAGGAAGAAGAAAUGGGUGACUUGGAGGAUCUUAAUCAAGCUCUUAUUAUCAAGGAACGCAAAAGCAAUGAUGAAUUACAGGAUGCCCGAAAGGAGCUAAUCAUUACUUUUAAAGAUGUUUCCACCCGUGCUUAUAUUGGUGUCAAGAGAAUGGGAGAGCUGGACAUUAAACCCUUCCAGACCGCAGCCAAGAGAAAAUACUCAGCUGUAGAAGCUGAUGUGAAAUCAGCAGAGCUAUGUUCACUGUGGCAGGACUACCUUCGAGAUCCUAGCUGGCAUCCUUUUAAAAUACUUACGGACAAGGAAGGAAAUUCAAAGGAAAUACUUGAUGAGGAAGAUGAAAAAUUGAUUGCAGUUAAGACUGAGUUUGGUGAUGAAGUAUACACUGCUGUGACAAUGGCCUUGGCACAGAUGAAUGAGUACAAUCCAAGCGGUAGGUACAUAGUACCAGAACUAUGGAAUUUCAAUGAAGGGAGGAAGGCAACAUUGACAGAGGGAGUGCAGCAUUUAUUGAAGCAGUGGAAACAGUAUAAGCGAAGGAGACACUAAAAUUUCCUCAUAAUUUCAUUUACUGAAGGAACAUUUUGGAAGUCUUAAACAAACAAUUGCAGCAUAAUUUGAUUUAGGCUGACAUGACUGGAUGUACAGACUAAAUUUUUGUUGAACAGCAUGCCCAGAUUUCUACCAAAUCGAAAUGAAAUUGGGCUCUGAGAUAUAUCUUGUGGACAGCUUCUAUUUAUUAACAUGGGCUUAACAUUUGGUUAUGUUGUGACUAUGCCAAAUCUUUUAGGGCUCUGAAAUUAGCAGGCUGGAGAUUCAUAGAA